AUGGAGGCAGCUCUAGCAAAAACGCCAGAGAAAAGGCAAGUCGUUUUUAUUGUUAUGUUGUUGCUUUUGUGGGAGGCUGGUUCUGAGGCAAUUAGAUAUUCCAUGCCAGAAGAAACCAAGAGUGGAUAUUUGCUGGCUAAUCUGGCAAAAGAUUUGGGGCUCGGGGUAGCAGAACUGACCACUAGAGGGGCGCGAAUCCAUCAUAGAGGAAACAAAGAGCUCUUGCAAAUGGAUGCUGAAACCGGGAAUUUGCUCCUGAAGGAAAAACUAGACCGCGAGGAGCUGUGUGGGGCGACAGAACCCUGUGUGCUGCGCUUCCAGCUCAUACUGGAAAACCCUGUGCAGUUCUUCCAAACUGACCUGCAGCUCACAGACAUAAACGACCAUUCUCCAGAGUUCCCGCACAGGGAAAUGCUCCUAAAGAUCCCGGAGAGCGCCCAGCCAGGGACUGUGUUUCCUCUGAAGGCGGCUCAGGACCCUGACAUAGGAAGCAAUGCUGUUCAGAACUACACAGUCAGCCCCAACCUCCACUUCCAUGUCGUUACUCACAGUCGUGCUGAUGGCAGGAAAUACCCAGAGCUGGUGCUAGACAGAGCCCUGGACAGGGAGGAGCAGCCUGAGCUCACUUUAACCCUCACUGCUGUGGAUGGUGGGUCACCUCCCAGGUCUGGGACCACCACAGUUCGCAUUGAAGUCGUGGACAUCAAUGAUAAUGCUCCCCAGUUUGUACAGUCGCUCUAUGAGGUUCAGAUUCCUGAGAACAGCCCCCUUGGUGCGUUAGUUGUGGCAGUUUCUGCCAGGGAUUUAGAUGUGGGACUUCAUGGGAGUGUAGCCUACUCUCUGUUUCAAGGUGGUGGAGCUUCUCUGCCAUUUGUUAUAGACGAGGUCACAGGAGAAAUUCGCCUUAAAAUGCCAUUGGAUUUUGAGGCAACUCCCUAUUAUAACAUGGAAAUUGUAGCAACAGACAGCGGUGGCUUUUCAGGAAAAUGCAGUGUAGCUAUACAGGUGUUGGAUGUGAAUGACAACGCCCCUAAACUCACCAUAUCUUCGCUCACUAGUUCAAUCCCAGAAAAUGCUCCUGAAGCUGUAGUUGCUGUUUUCAGUGUUUCUGAUCCAGAUUCUGGGGACAAUGGAAGAAUGGUGUGUUCUAUUCAGAACGAUCUCCCAUUUCUUUUGAAACCCACAUUCGAGAACUAUUACACUUUAGUGACAGAGGGGCCACUGGACAGAGAGAGCAGAGCUGAGUAUAACAUCACAAUCACAGUCAGCGACAUGGGCACACCCAGGCUCACAACCCAGCACACCAUAACAGUGCAGGUGUCUGACGUCAACGACAACGCCCCCGCCUUCACUCAAAGCUCCUACACCCUGUUUGUUGAAGAGAACAACAGCCCCGCCCUGCACAUAGGCACCAUCAGCGCCACAGACUCAGACUCAGGCUCCAAUGCCCACAUCACCUACUCGCUGAUGCCUACCCACGACGCGCAGCUGGACCUCUCCUCGCUCAUCUCCAUCAAUGCCGACAAUGGACAGAUGUUCGCGCUCAGGGCGCUUGACUAUGAGGCCCUGAAGAGCUUCGAGUUCCUCGUGGGGGCAACAGAUCAAGGCUCGCCUGUGCUCAGCAGUCAGGCGCUGGUGCGCGUGCUGGUGCUGGACGCCAACGACAAUGCACCCUUCGUGCUCUACCCUCUGCAGAACGUCUCUAUGCCCUUCACAGAGCUGCUGCCCAGGGCGGCAGAGCCUGGCUACCUGGUCACCAAGGUGGUGGCGGUGGACCUCGACUCUGGCCAGAAUGCCUGGUUGUCGUUUCAGCUGCUCAAGGCCACGGAGCCAGGACUGUUCAGCGUGUGGGCUCACAAUGGCGAGGUGCGCACCUCCAGGCUGCUGAGUGAGCGCGAUGCACCCAAGCACAGGCUGCUGCUGCUGGUCAAGGACAAUGGCGAUCCUCAGCGCUCUGCCAGUGUCACUCUGCAUGUGCUGCUGGUGGAUGGCUUCUCUCAGCCCUUCCUGCCUCUGCCUGAGGUGGUGCGCGACCCCGCCCAAGAUGAGGAUGCGCUCACGCUAUACCUGGUUAUCGCCUUGGCAUCCGUGUCUUCGGUCUUCCUCUUGUCUGUGCUGCUGUUUGUGGGGGUGAGGCUGUGCAGGAGGGCCAGGGCGGCGUCUCUGGGUGCCUGCUCUGUGCCUGAGGGACACUUUCCUGGCCACUUGGUGGAUGUCAGCGGCACGGGAACCCUGUCACAGAGCUACCAGUAUGAGGUGUGUCUGACUGGGGAUUCUGGAACUGGUGAGUUCAAAUUCCUCAAUCCUAUGUUCCCCCAGCUGUUGCCUCAGGAUCCUGGGAGAGAAAGUAAGGAAAGUCCCCACUGCAGGGAGAGCUUUAUAUUCAGUUAGCUGUUGUAUUUGGUUAGGGGGAUUUAUU